CUCAUCUCUCUCUUUCUUCAAAUAAACACACACUCUCAAGUCCUAACUCUCUGUCAGUGUUCUCUUUCUCUUUUUCUCUCUCUCUCUCUCUCUGGCGGAAGGUGAACGUGAAUCCUGCUACUUUUGCGCGUGUGCAUUGUCCCUUGUUUCUUUCAACAGCUGGAACUGCUUAUUACUGUAGCACUAACACACUCCUUUCUUCUUCAACUCACUAACCCUCCACCACCAACAACCACCCCCUUUUGCAACCACACAUACCAAACCCAAAAAUUGAAACUUUUCAUAAACCCCAUCACGAAAGUUAUAAUCUUUUUUCCAUAUAAUUGAACUGAAUUGUGAAUUCAAAAGAAGAAACUUCUCACUUUUCAGUUUCCAUAAACCCCAUUACAAAAGUUUUUUUUCCUUUUUUCACAUAAUUGAGGUGAAUUGUGAAGAAGAUGGGUGCAGGGGACUACUACAAGGUUCUGAAGGUGAAUCGUCACGCCACAGAAGAGGAGCUUAAGAAAGCAUACAAGAGGCUUGCAAUGAAGUGGCAUCCAGAUAGGAACCACCAUCAAGAAGUGAAGAACAAGGAAGAAGCUGAAGCAAAGUUCAAGCAGAUAUCUGAGGCCUAUGAUGUCUUGAGUGACCCCAAAAAGCGCCAGAUCUAUGAUUUCUAUGGCCACUACCCUCUCAAUUCCAUGAAGGUUAACAAAAAGGAACAAGACUAUGAUGGUAGAAAUAAUAAUGUGAAGGAGGAGAAAGCAGGGGUGGUGGUUGAGACCAAACUUGUGUGCACCCUUGAGGAGCUUUACAAAGGUUGUAGGAAGAAGUUGAAGAUCUCAAGAAAUGUUGUUGAUGAACUCGGCAGCAAGUUGAAGUGUGUGGAAGAAACCUUGAAGAUAGACAUUAAACCAGGUUGGAAAAAAGGAACAAAGAUAACAUUCCCUGGAAAAGGAAACCAAGAACAAGGAGGGUCUCAACCUUCUGAUCUAGUCUUUGUAGUGGAUGAGAAACCACAUGCUGUGUUCAAGAGAGAUGGAAAUGACUUGGUGAUCACACAGAAGAUCUUGCUUGUGGAGGCACUCUCAGGGAAGACACUCAACUUGACAACCUUGGACGGAAGAGAAAUCGCCAUCGAAGUGACCGAUGUUGUGAAACCGAGGCAUGUUAUGGUGGUCCCAAAUGAAGGGAUGCCAAUUUCUAAAGAACCAGGGAAGAAAGGAUCCUUGAGAAUCAAGUUUGAUGUUAUGUUCCCUUCAAGGCUUUCCACACAUCAGAAGCAUGAGCUUAAGAAGAUUAUGAGAAAGGAUUAUAAACUGUCAUCAUGAACAUGAUAUAUAUAUAUAAACUAAUUCUCUCAAUCUUUUAUUACUUACACUGUAUAUAUAUGUAAUGUAAUUUCCAGCUCUAGUCUUGAAGAAAUUGUGCAUAAUACUAAUAAACAAGGCAUGGUUGGUUGCUGCUA